CCUGUCUCGUUUGGAGCGCGUGGUAGUCGCUCUCUCGUCCGUAGCCGCGUUUUUUCCUGUAUAGCGCAUCAGUUGCGAGGAAAUGGCGUCUCAGAGGUGGAGUUCGUUUGGUGAAGUUUCCGAAAUGAUGAAUGAAUUCUGAGUUUCGCGAUGAAUUGCCGGGUAAACGUAUGACCAUUUGAUUACGUAACAGUACAAAUUGAUGUUUGACAAUGAAUGAGGUGAGUGGUGGAAAACAAGAAAUGGCUAGUACAUCCGCAUGGGAUUCAAUGAUGAACCAACCAGUGACUACAAUUCCAUCGAUGCAUCACAUGAAUCCACCACUGACUCAAGAUGCUAGCUCCCCAGCUACCCAAGUUAUAGUUCCUACUCCUGUUAAAUUGCAACCACCAAUAUUAUCACCACCUCCCAUAGGAGGCGAACACCUUGUGGUAAUGCCUCAUGUGCAGCAACCGGGAUUAAUGGUUCAAGGCCCAGCUCCAACUGGUUAUCCAGAUGGAGAGCUAUCAUUGGAAUUACAACAACAAGGCUGGAAAAAGUUUUGGAGUAAAAGGGAAAGUCGACCUUAUUUUUGGAAUAAAUUAACUGGGGAAUCAUUGUGGGUUAUGCCAUCUUUGAAACCUCAGUUUGAUCCACUUACUGAUCCACUUGGCAUUGGUGUACCAACGAUACCAGGUAAUGGACAGAUUCCUCCUGGAACACCAGGUGUUCCAUUGAAACGUAGAGCAUCAGAAGAUGGAGCAGUAAUGCCUACACCCAAGAAGUUUAUUUUAGCAGGACCAUGGGAUCUGGAAGUUCCAACAAAUGUUAUAAUCUAUGAAAGAGCACCAACAAAUCUCUUACAUGUUCAUCCAGAGGUAGAGGCACAAAGAUGUGGCUUACUAGCAAAGCUUCGUCAAUGUUAUCAAGAAUUAUGCCACACGAGAGAAUCUAUCGAUGCUCCUAAAGAUUCGUUUAAUCGCUGGCUGAUGGAACGAAAAGUGAUAGACAUGGGAACAGAUCCACUGUUACCAAGCCAGUGUUUUCCAGAAAUUUCCAUGUCGAUGUAUCGUGAAAUAAUGAACGACAUCCCCAUCAAGCUUGUGCGACCAAAGUUCACGGGUGACGCAAGAAAACAACUGUCACGUUAUGCGGAGGCAGCGAAAAAAGUGAUAGAAUCGAGAGAGGCAACCCCAGAAAGUAGAAAAGUAGUUAAAUGGAACGCCGAAGAUACUUUCCAGUGGCUGAGACGAACAGUCGGUGCAACUUUCGACGAUUUUCAAGACAGGCUGGCACAUCUAAAACGUCAAUGUCAGCCUCAUCUGACGGAAACUGUGAAGUCUAGUGUAGAGGGUAUUUGUUUAAAGAUAUAUCAUUUAUCAACCGAAUACGCUAAGAAAGUGAAGGAUAAGAACGCGCAGAUACUUAAGGAUAGUAAUUUAAGCGACGCGAUACCCGUGGGUCCACCCCCAAGUACGCAACGCAAAGUUUGGUGCUACCCAGUGCAAUUUUCUCUUCCAACGCCACGGCUUCCACAGGUGGAGUACCUGCCCGAAAGGGAACAGACGAUAAUGCGCUAUCACGGUGACACAAUGUACAUAAACAACAUGCACCUGACUAAGCUGGAGCAUCUGUAUCGAUACAACUGUUUCGACGAUCGCAAGUUUGAGAUGUUCUUACCGCGGGUCUGGAGUAUGCUGAAACGGUACCAGACCUACCUCGGCAGUACGGAAAGUCAGGCGACGCAAAUGGCACUGCCGGUGACAGUGUUCGAGUGCCUUCAGAGAUCGUUCGGAGUCACUUUCGAGUGUUUCGCCUCGCCACUCAAUUGUUACUUCCGUCAAUAUUGUUCGGCCUUCGCCGACACCGAUUCCUACUUCGGUUCGAGAGGACCGUUUCUCGAUUUCAGGCCUAUCAGCGGUAGUUUUCAAGCGAAUCCGCCCUAUUGCGAAGAACUGAUGGAGGCAAUGGUUAAUCACUUUGAAAGGUUGCUGGCUGACUCGACGGAACCCCUGUCGUUCGUUGUAUUUUUACCUGAGUGGAGAGAUCCAGCACCCAAUGCGCUUCUCAAGCUUGAAGCGAGUCAUUUCAAGAGAAAACAGGUCGUUGUGCCGGCCAUGGAGCAUGAGUAUAGACACGGAUUUCAACACGUCCUACCAAAAGGUGAAGUAAACAUCAGAGCAAUCCAUGGAACCCUCGUGGUUUGGCUACAAAACGCCGCAGGGAAUGGACGUUGGGGACCAACGGAAGAAAGAGUCGAAGCUCUUUUGGAAGCUUGGAGGCCAGGUCGUGAGCGCGAACGCGAUCGUCAAGAAUUAUUGUCACCGCCACGACAGACGCCGGCGCCCUCGCAAACACCGACGCCUCAACCAACAAUCGCGUCACCCGUGCCGGUGAGCCCAGUUACAGCCACGAUAGCACCAAUGCCGAUAAGCUCCGCGCCAAUUACGGCUCCACCGAAUACUACGAUCACGACGCCGCCAACGAUGAUGACAUCACACACCAUUUGAGAAGAGGCCUCGAGUGUCACUAAGGCACUCGAUAAGGACAAAGAUAAAGACAAGGAAAAAACCUGCAACUAAAUGUUUCGCAGACUGUAAAUGUGUUCGGAGACACUAUUUUUUCAUAAUGGGAGUCUGUUGAGUGAUAUUUCAAACGUGAAUUUCUUUUACAAACGUUCGACUAAUAUAGGUUCAACCGUAACAUCGCGUCGUUUACGGAAAUAGAUGAUGAUGUUCUCAUAUAGUAAUUGAUAGAGAAUUUCGACUUCACGCGCCUAAAAUUUGUCAUCCAAUGAAAACAAAAAUGUUUAUUGUUGCAGUUUUUCUUAAAAUAAUAGUGUUAUUGUAAUGUAAAGUCGAUCGAUGAUAAUCGAAUUGUCACAUAAGCUCUAUGAUUUUUUACAAUGGCGACGACUAUGACGACGUCAAAAAUUUAAAAUGUUUUGUUACUGCAAUACCUUGAGUUAUAGUAUAUAUUCGAUUCGAUUUCAAUGAUUUACAAAAAUAGAUAGAUACUUCUGGUCACAAAAAAACUAAAUAUAUUUUCCUAUACUUCCGUACUAUUGAAAAGGUGAAUGCAUUUUUUUUGUGUAUAAAAUUAAAUUUUUGAGAAAUAUUUAUCGUAAAGAAGUACGAAAGCUAUAAUGCACCUAGUUUUUAUAAAGCACCAAGAAUGACCAAAAUUGAAUAUUUACUUUAAAAUACAGAUGUACUAUGAAUUUGUGUCAUAAAGUGAAUUCACCUUGAAGUCAUUUUGAAUUUAAUUAGGAAGUGCCGUAAAAGUGAUGAUUUCUAAUAUCUAUUUCAUGCAAAACGUUGAAGCGCAUAUCAUAGUUAUUGUCGAGGAUCGAUAUAUUCACCUCAGCACAAAAUUUUUAUGUAACAGAUUUUGAAAUAGCAUAUAUGUAAAUAAUGCAAUGUUAUCUUGAAAAAAAUUUCAUUUAUCAAUUAAUUUUAGACUUGAUAGUAACUUCAUAUUCAUUAUGCAAAGCACAUCUGCUUUUAAAAUACAUAUUUUGCUUUAAUAUAGAAUAAAAUAUAUAUCUUUAAAAAAUAGAGAAGCUAUAUACAACUUAUAAGAGUGCAAAUUACGAACUUUAAAAUCUCUUAUAGGUUUUGUACAUUUUUAUUAGGGUGAUAUGUUGUAAAUAUAUAAAGUACAGUGUAAAUAUAAAAACAAUAUGUAUUGUACUAACAUCUCGUGUUUUCAUGAUUUUUUAUUAAGUUCAUUUUCUUUUUAAUUUUGUAUUUAUUUAUCCAUUUGACAUUUUCUUUCAUUUGCAAUUGUUUCAUUUUUUCUAUCAAUAGAAAACACAAAUAAAAGUGGCAUAUUCUUAAAA